AUGGUGGGCACAAGAUUCCAUGACGAAGAGGAUGAACUGCUGCUAACCCGCAUGUUGAAGAAGGGUUAUGACCGGACCCGGAAGCAGGCCGAGAAGAGGGCGAUUGUCGUGGGGGUCGUUAAGGCCUUACAAAAAAAAUUUGGGCGGACCCACGACGAAAUGCAAAUUGUAAAAAAAUGGUCUGACCUGAAAAGGAGGCACCCGGACUGGGUCAAAGAGCUCAGUGAGAGAGUCUGCCCUGGCGGGCCCUCCCACAGUCCUCGAGGUGCCACCAACCCACCUGAUGUGGGGAUUGUUGUGGAGGUGUCAGACGAGCCCGGACCCUCUCAAGGGCCAAAAACAUCUGGCCCAGCUCCUGCUGAGGAGGAUACCACCACCCCAGCUCCUGAGGAAGAGGAUCAGGCGCUGGUUACCACCCCGCACCAGGAGGUAAUCAAGAAAAUUUCUGCUAAAAUUGCUCUAAUGCAAAAGAGGCAUGGGAAAAUCAGGCAAUUAAGAGCCCUCAUUCAAAAAUCCCAAAGAAUGCUGCAGGAAUUUGAAUGCCAAUAUGGGGAGGACCUGAAGGAGCUCGCAAGCCUGCAGGAAGAACUGCAAAAGUUCCCUUAAUUUUAUUCUAAUUUUUUUGUUAUUAAAAAAGUUUUCUU